UCGAAGUUCCGAAGGACUUCGGCGUCGUUCUCUCGCUUCCAAGAUGACGACUACUCCCAUGGGACCUCCUCCUCCUCGCUCUCCUCCGCCAAACCCUAACCCUAAUCCUGAUCUUGCAUCGACGGCACCCGACGAGGAGACGAGCCCCAUGCCUCCUCCUCCUCCUCCUCCUCUUCCUGGUAAAUCUCGUCCCAGUUCGGAACUUGUUAUCCCUUACGAGAUCCCUUCAUGGAGCGAGACCCCUGGCUAUCCUUUCUCCCUUGAAGUUCUCAAGGAUGGAACCAUAAUCCAACAACUUGAUGUGUCUGGAAAGGGAGCAUACAUGUUUGGACGUAUUGAUCUCUGUGAUUUUGUGCUUGAGCAUCCAACCAUUUCUAGAUUCCAUGCAGUUUUGCAAUUUAAGAAAGAUGGAGAAGCUUUUCUUUAUGAUCUUGGUAGCACUCAUGGUACUUUCAUCAACAAGAAUCAGGUAAAGAAAAAGGAGUACACAAAAGUUCAUGUUGGUGAUGUAUUUCGAUUUGGACAAUCAUCACGUUUGUACAUUUUCCAAGGACCAUCUGAGUUGAUGCCACCGGAGCGUGACUUGAAUAAAUUACGAAAUGCUAAGGUUCACCAAGAGAUGCUUGAUCGUGAAGCCUCACUUUUACGUGCAAAAGUUGAAGCUUCUCUCGCAGAUGGUAUUUCAUGGGGUAUGUCUGAGGAUGCAAUUGAAGAAGCCACAGAGGAUGAUGCAGAUGAAGUAACAUGGCAAACAUACACAGGACAACUUACAGAAAGGCAACAGAAAACACGUAGUAAAAUCUCAAAAAGAAUGGAGAAGGUUUAUAAUAUGAGAAAAGAGAUUGAUGCUAUUCGUGCGAAAGAUAUUGCCCAAGGUGGGUUGACUCAGGGCCAACAAACACAGAUUGCUCGAAAUGAGCAAAGAAUAAAUCAGAUAAUGGAAGAACUUGAGAGCUUGGAAGAGACUCUUAAUGAAAGUAUUCAAGAAAGUAUUGGUGCACGCUCUGGAAAGAAAGCACCCGGUAGGACGAAAGGAUUUGUUGAAGAUGAAGAUGAAACUUUGAGCGACGACGAUGAUUUCUAUGAUCGGACAAAGAAGAAGUCUCUUGCUCAAAUUUCUGUUAAGCAUCAAUCAGUAGAAACAGCUGAUACUCUUACUGAGAAAAAGGAGUCUAUCAUCAGUCAAAUGGAAGAGAAGAAGGCAUUGCUCUCUCAAGAGCAACAAAAAUUUGCAACUGAGAAUGAGAGCAAUUCUGAUGUUGGAGAUGACCUUGAUGCAUAUAUGACUGGGAUUUCAUCCCAACUAGUACUCGAUAAAACUGCUAAGAUAGAGAAGGAACUAUCAGAUCUCCAAACCGAGUUGGACAGGGUAACAUAUUUGCUGAAAAUUGCUGAUCCAAUGGGAGAAGCUUCAAAGAAAAGAGAUCUAAAAGUUCUGGCUGGAGCUACUGUGAAAAGUAACAUAAAGCCACAGGACUUGUUGAAGUCCAACCUUUCAAGUACUGACAUUCAGAAGCCACGUCAAACUCCAGAAAAGAAGAUUAAUCAGUCUGGAAAAUCUAAUUCCAGCAAGCCACUUCCUCGAACUUCAUCAUCCACAGAUACAGAGAAACAUCCUGAAGAAGAGGGCAAGGAUGCAUCUAAUAAAAAGGAAAGUAAGACCGUUGAUAAAACCACGUCAUCCACUGAAACGGAGAAACAUUGUGAAGAUGAUGAUAAAAUUUCCGAUCAGGCAAAAGCAAGUAAAACACCUGCAUUCGCUUUGCCAAAGCCUCAGUGGCUUGGUGCAACAAGAGACAUAAAGCCAGAUGAUAAUCAAUUGCCGGAAAUUAACACAGAUGCAAAUGAGUCUGAUGGAUUUGUGAACUAUAAGGACAGGAAGGUGGCUCUUACAUCAGUUGACAAUCCAAGUGAGAUUGAGGAUGCAGCUCCUGGUCUUAUAAUAAGGAAGCGGAAACCAUCAGAAAAUCCAGGAACAGUUGUCGAUAAAGCCCCUAAACUAGCAGUAUCAUCCUCAGCUGAAGCAGAAGCAACAGCUGCGGAUGCAGUAGCUCUGUUACUGAGGCAUAAGCGCGGAUACCACGGAUUGGAUGAUGAAGGAAAUCUCAUCGAUGAACCGUUACAAUCUAGUCAACCAGGGAAAGAAAAUUCACAGCCGAAACGAACUUUUGGACCUUCUAAACCUGCCUUCCUUGACAGAAAUCCAGAUGAGUCAUGGGUUCCUCCUGAAGGGCAAACUGGUGACGGGCGCACAUCAUUGAAUGAUCGAUUGGGUUAUUGAUGGCUGAUUUCACACCAAAUCAAAAUCGGCAAACAUACGAGAGAAUGCCUUAUUGUGAAGAUGGCCAGGAAGUGUUCGAAUUCAAAUUCAAGCCUGCUGUUGAUAAUAUCUGCGCCCCGGCCUCGUUAUCGACUUAUCAGAAUGAAGAGAAAAGUGAAUGAAUUCUCAGUAGGGAACUGAUUGAUAUAUAUAUAUAUAUCUUUCAUGAUAUCACAUAUCAAUGUGAACAAAAUCAGCCA